AUGGCUCCCCUCCUCGAAGAUCCCCGAAUCCGCCAGACGUGGAACAACAUUUCGCACAAUGCUGAGACCGCGACGGAGACUGCGGCGGCUGGAAUAUGGUCAUUUGUGCACGAUUACAUCAAUCCAUGCUUUGCGUCGAUGGGAGAGAGCAUCGAACAAUGCACGACACAAUGCUUCCCCGAUCGCGAAGAGAGGGCUAGGCGACUACGCGAGCGCGACAGAGCUAGAGGCAGGGCAGAGUAUAGCUUCGACUUCUACGACGAUUGGGAUGAUGAGGACGCUGGCGCUAGUGGUGGUCUUUUAGGAUGGGGGAAUGAUGAGCUGGACAGGCUGCUGGCUGGAAGUGGGUCGAAUAGUCAUGGGCCAGACGAUCAGCCAUCAGGAAGGAAGAGGAAAAUGAGUUACGGGACCAGGCGCACCACAAAGCGGAGAGGGACACUUGAUGGCUUGCCGGAUCCGACAAUUAUCCCGAGUACAAGUGCCCUCGGAUUCUUACAACGUCUCCCAUUCAAGUUUGGUGGAACGUUAAGAUACAAGCCAAGCGCAGCCGACUUGCAGGACCAUCCCGGCACGCAUAGGGCAGAGCUUGGAGAUGAUGCUGAGGCGGAGCCUCUCAUAGACGAUGAUCAUAGCGAUGAUAGCGACGCUGGAGAUCUAAACAUUAAAAAGACGCGGCCGAGAAGUUCUACCAGUGCUUCAGGAGACACUUCAGACUCGUUUAGGUCAAGGGGCGACCUCUUCCCUAGUGAUGGAGAAGAUGAUGCUGUUCCACUGAGCGACGAAUUUGCGACCGCUCUUGGACGGCGUGGUACCGUCACCACCUUGGAGGAUCACAGCAGCAGUAAAACAAGAAACAGCAGCAAAGGAAAGAGCCGUGAGCGAUCGGCGGCAAUGUCGAGGGCACUCUCUGGAACAUCGCAUUCUUCGAACCAGUCACUCAGUGGACUAGGUUCUAAAACAGACGAGUCGGCUGCGCAACCUUUGGAUGGACUGAAUGAGGAGGACAGCAACAUACCACAUCUAUCUGAGUUACAGCAGGAGGAGGAACGGCUCCGACAACAAGAAGAAGCUGAGCUACAGUCAAAACGCGAGGCUGCUCUUAAGUUGGCUUCAGAGCGAGGAUUGGGCAGUGGCGAGCUUCGUUCAGGGUUGCAGACGCCCAUGCGCCAGAGUUUGCGCACUCGCAAUUCCGAAGACCACCUAUCACCCAAAACAGCAAACGCUGCAGAGGUCGAUACAAAUCCCAGCUCAGAACCUGCUGUCACGAAUGGACUCACGAAUGGCUCUUCAAAUGAAGCUACGUCUGACUCUGAGGAAACUGCAGAACCGGAUUUUGUGCCGGCAAGAUUACCUCGAUUUUAG